CCGCGGGCGCAUCCCCAAUCACGACUCGCGCCUGAAAUAUAGACCUUAACAACGGGGCACCCUCUGCAAUGUCAUGCCUUGUUGUUUAGCGAGUUGAUGUACAUUAGUCUCAAGACAUGAUUGUCUCAGAAACGCCAGUGAUCAUUGGUGUGGGCGACAUCAAGAACCGUACCUCGAAUCACAAGGAACCAGCGGUGCUUAUCCACGAAGCAGUACUCGCGGCUAUCAAGGAUACUUCAGCAUCGGACCCUACAGCCCUUCAGUCGUCGAUAGACAGCAUCUCGGUAGUCAGAACAUGGACGUGGCCAUAUCCCGAUUUGCCAGGCUUACUAGCCUCGAAACUAGGCGCGGAGCCGAAGUACAAGUUCUACUCUGAGCACGGCGGUGAGAAGCCGGGGAGACUACUUGAUGAGGCUGCGAAGCGGAUAGCGCGAGGAGAGACCAAGCUUGCUGUUGUUGCGGGUGGAGAAGCAUUGGCGUCUUUGACCGCAUGUGCGGCGGCAGGCAAGCUGCCACCGCCGGGUUGGACGAAGCCAGCCGAGUCUGUAGAGUCUGUAUUCACGCCGACUGGCAUGGAUCUCGGAAAGAAUCUCGGCGCUUUACACGACCUUGGCGCGCCCAUCCAAGUCUACCCACUCUACGAGAAUGCCUUCCGAGCACACCGAGGCCAGAGCGUGAAAGCGAACCACGAAGAGAGCGCAAGAUUGUACGCCGAAUUCUCCAAAGUCGCGAGCCAGAAUGAGAUAUCGUGGUCCUACGGACAGUACGACGACGAGAAGAAGAUCGGCACUGUGGGAAAGAAGAACAGGAUGAUAUGCUCACCUUACCCGCUGCUAAUGAACGCCUUCAAUACGGUCAACCUCGCCGCCGCCUGCAUCCUCACCUCGACCGCCUACGCCCGCGACCUCGGCAUCCCCGAAUCAAAAUGGGUGUACCCGCUCUCCGGCGCCGGCGCCUCAGACGCCGCGUUCUUCUGGAACCGUCCCAACUUCUACACUUCGCCGUGCAUGUCGCAGUCUCUCGAUGCCGCGCUCUCGCUUGCCCAAAAGUCCGUCUCCGAGAUAGAUCUCUUCGACUUCUACUCGUGCUUCCCGAUCGUGCCGAAGCUGGCGGCGCAGCAUCUCGGGCUGCCGAUCACGGGGGGCGAGAAGAGCUUGACGCUGUUGGGCGGGCUGACGAGCUUUGGUGGCGCGGGGAAUAACUACAGCAUGCAUGCGCUGACGGCGAUGACGAGGGCGAUCAGGCAGGGGAAGGGGAUGACGGGGCUGGUGUUGUGUAACGGGGGAGUGAUGAGCUACCAGCAUGUGGUCGUGUUGUCCAAAGCUCCGCGAACGAGAGGCGCGUAUCCGCAAGAGACGUCUCUGCCGCAGCGGGAAAAUGCUGUUCCGGAUAUCGAAGAGCGGCCCGAAGGCGAGGCCGAGGUCGAGACUUACACGGUAGAGUUCAACCGCGACGGCACACCACUCAGGGGGUACAUUGUUGGCCGACUGAAAAGCAACAGCAAGCGCUUCCUCGCCAAUCAUGGAGAUGAAAUGACACUGCGCCAGAUGGCAGAGGGUGCCGGGGAGGUUGUAGGGAGAGCCGGGUGGGUGGUGCAAGACGGCGAGAAAGAGGGCAGGUCGUUGUUCAGCUUUGACAGGACGUCCAGGAUAUGAAAGAUCAGAAUAGAUUUGGCACAAGGCUCCUGGAGGCGAAAUAAUGGACCCGCUUAGUCUACAGACGCAAAUCUACAAAUCCGAU